UACAUGAACAAGCCUCCAAUGCACAUACAGAACAAUAUAGUUUACUCACCACAUCGUUACUCACAUCCCUGUAUUUGUAUUACACUAUUACUCAAUAAGAAUGAGUACUAAAGGCAAAACAGGUUCCCGGUCUUCACAAGGUGAUGUGAAACAGCCUCCUCCCAACCUUGGUGGUGCCAUGGGCAACACGGGAAGUUCAAAAGGCAAAACAGGUUCCUGGUCUUCACAAGGUAAUGUGAAACAGCCUCUUCCCAACCUAGGUGGUGCCAUGGGCAACACGGGAAGUUCAAAAGGCAAAACAGGUUCCUGGUCUUCACAAGGUGAUGUGAAACAGCCUCCUCCCAACCUAGGUGGUGCCAUGGGCUACGCAAGUUCAAAAGGCAAAACAGGAUAAGGAGAAGAAAAUACCAUAAAAAAAAUUUAAAAAAAUUCUUCAUAAAUUAAAAUUAACUUAUACAUAAGUUAAAAAAUUAUGCUUUUGAAAAGCUAAUACAAAUAAAAGUUCUAAAAUUAGAUUAUACUUCUUAUGAAGAAACUUUUUUAUAUCUUCUCUUAUUUUUUUUUCAUACAAGUGUUUCUAGUCUAAACAUAUUAAAACUACUUUAUUUAGAAAUCACAUGUUUGUUUACAACUUAUUUAGACUCUAGUGUUUACAAGCAAGAUCUUCUAUGUACUAAGAAGUAUAUAUGAAUUUAGAUACAUAAAUAAAUUAGCUUACAGUGGUGUAAUUUAUGUAAUUAAUCUUAUCUAAUGAGAUAAGAUUUUAUUGUCGUUGUAUAAAAUAUAAAUGUGUAAUAAGUUGUGGAUUUUUUUCAUAAGUCCUUUUUAUUUUCU